UCCUUUUAGAUGAGAAUUCUGUAGUCAUGGGGAUUUUUUUUAGGACACUGGAGCUUUCCUGGGCAGAACACAUCCUAUGGCUUGGACCAUAAAAGGAACUGAUGCUCCCUAAGGGAAGCAGGACUCUUGAACUGAAGAAGUUGGCAGGUUAGGAUCUGGCUAUGGGAGCACGGUUCCUGCAGAAGGCAUCUGCAUGGGUUAAGAAGCACAAGACCACUUUGUUGGCCGUUUCUUGCAUGGGACUGUUUGGUGCUAACCUUUCCUAUCAUGUGUUUCCUGAGCAGACGUUCAAAGAGUUACAUGAGUGCUGGUCAGGUGGACAGCCAGCUAAGCUGUCCCAGAGCCUCCAUGACCUCUUUCAUGAUGUCCUUCAAGAUACUCGUGUGAAAUCUGCAAACUCCUAUCAGGCCUUUGCAGCUUCUGGCUUCCUCCCAGUGAGUGCUGGAAUCCCAUGGCUUCCUGCAGGCUCUUUCGUGGGCCUCCCUCCUAAUUUUGAUAGCACAACUGAGGAUAAAAAGGGAAUAGUCAACCAUGUGGUGGUGAUCAACGACAAGCAAGUAGACUGGGAGAGCAAUGAAGGUGUUGCUUUGAGGGAAGCUCUGACAUUCUCACCUGAAGCUCAGAAGUUUGCAAUUGCCAGAGAAAUUGUGUAUUUGCAAAAUGGCAGCCCUUUGGUAAAUGCAGCUGUGGCUCCAGCCUGCUUAGCUGGUACAUAUUUUAGUGGGAUAGGUGUAAAGAUAGUUCUGGGUUUAAGUCCUGGCCCUGUGAUACUUCGUGGUAUCUGUAACCUCAUAGUUGCUACCACUGGAUUAAUUUGCUAUUAUGUUUCUUCUGAUGCUGUGACCCAUCACUUAGACUGCAAGGCUGACAGAAAAGCAGCUACCAUUUCCAAAGACUAUGCCAGAGGUGGGGUGGAAUUUUAUGACAAAAUCUUGUUCCGCAACAGGGUCCUUCGUACUCUGAUGGGCAAACAAGGAGUAAAAGUAUAUGCCCCUAGUGGUAACCUUUUCCCAAGGCAUUGGUUCAGAAUAAAGUAUACCCCAUACACUUACCGAAGAGAUUUGAUUGUUAAUAUUUUAAGAGAGCUCAAGGCAUAGGAAGGAGCAGUUGAAUUUUAAACUUGUGAAUUAUGUAUUCUCUUGGAACACUGCUGCAUUGCUUUUUUCUUCUUCUUUUGUGCCUUCAUUAGAAUUUGGGU